CUAGCGGCCUUUUCUACUUUUGUUUCCACAAUCAUAUCAUCCCUCUUGCACUCACAUCAACUUUCUCACCCCCUUACGUAAAUUCACAUCAAAGCAACCAUAAAAUUUUCUCUGCUCACAAACACAGACACAACACGCACACACAACCUUCCACACCAUCAUCAAUCUUCUUCACCGCCAAAUUCAAUUCUCUCUCUGAGAUACACAAGCAUGUCAAUCUCUCAUCUCUUGCCUUUCUUCUUCCUUCUCCUCGCGUUCUCAACCUUCACGUCCCCGUCAUCUUCCGCAACCGACUCCUUCAUCUUCGGCGGCUGCUCGCUGCUGAAGUUCUUGCCGGGGACGGCCUACGAGAGCAACGUGAACUCCGUUCUAACCUCUCUUGUGAACUCAGCCAUGUUCUCCAACUACAACAACUCCACCGUCCAGGGCUCCACCAUGCAGGACACCGUCUACGGCCUCUUCCAGUGCCGCGGCGACCUCGCCAACAGCGAUUGCUCUCGUUGUGUUUCCCGGGCUGUCAAUCAACUUGGCACCUUCUGCCUUGAUGCUUGCGGCGGCGCGUUGCAGCUGGACGGCUGCUUCGUCAAGUAUGAUAACGCAACAUUCCUGGGCGUGGAGGACAAGACUAUGGUGCUGAAGAAAUGUGGGCCGUCGAUGGGAUUGACUUAUGAUUCGUUGACUCCGAGAGAUGCUGUGUUGGCGAAUUUGGGAGCGUUGGAUGGGGCCUUCAGGAUUGCGAGCUCCGGGGAUGUACAGGGUAUUGCGCAGUGCGUAGGGGAUUUGAGUGCGAGCGAGUGUCAGGAUUGUCUCUCCGAUGCGAUCCAACGGCUGAGAACGGAGUGUGGGGGCGGCGCGUGGGGAGAGAUGUACCUGGCCAAAUGUUACGCGCGAUACUCAGAACGUGGGCGUCACUCGCCAGGCGGAAAUGAUGAUAGCAACAAAAAUGAUGAAGAGAUCGAGAAGACAUUGGCAAUUCUAAUUGGACUCAUUGCUGGGGUGGGUCUAAUCAUCCUCUUCAUCUCCUUCUUCUCCAAAGUGUGUGGGAAGCAAAAAGGUGGCAAAUGAAAAAAAGAUAGAGAGAGCUAGAUGUGGGGGAUACAACUACUCCAGCUUCUUCACCCUUAGUUCUCAAAGUACCACUUUUUGUUUUUGGUAAUAUUAUUUGGUAUUGCUUUUGUGAUAUUCAAAAUCCAUGCACAUUUUUGUUUGAAAAUGUUUUAAUGAAUUAAUUGUAAGUUUCCUGCA